AUGGACAUCAAUUCAUUGCUGUCCCCGGACUCGAAUCCUCAAUCUGGGACAUCGACGCCUGUGCCCGGUGUCACGUCAAAUAACGCACCGAUCCCGAAUGCAGGACCCUCCCCCCACAAGGCACUCCAACGGACGCGCUCCGGUUCUACUCGCAAAGGCAAAACCUCUUCACCUCUAGCCCAGCAGAUAUAUGCUCCCACUGGGCCUGCCAUCUCGGAAGCUUCGCCGCCAGGAGUUAGUCCUGUUGGUCCCAGCCAAAGUACCGGCAAUGGUUCACCUGCGACCGACCGGCCGUCAUCCACCAAGCCCUCGACCCCCGGCAUGGACACCUUGGCCGACCUGGCUGCAAUGCAACACCACCAGCCACAACGUCAGAACGCCCAAAACAUGCUGCGUGGUACGGAGUCAUACGAGCACCAAUUAUCUCCUUCCACCAUCCACCCUCACGUGAAUACCAUCACCCACAACACCCCCAUUCCUCGCACAUCCUUUGAUAUUGCCAUGUCUGAAGGUCCUCGAGAAAGCGCACGGAGAAACUAUACCGACACAUCGCUGGACCCGGACGCUCAGCGGUUGGCGACUGAUCUAUUCAAUCAAAUCCAAGAGAACCCUCACACCUACGAUGCGCAUGUCAAUUUCAUUGGUAUUUUACAUGGCGGUUUUGUGAAUCAUGUCUACCCGCCCAACAAUCCGGAACUUCACGGCGACCCUCGGCGGUACGAUCUGCUUAAAGAUAUGCGGAUAGCUCGAGAGGAAAUGGACAAGCUAUUCGCCAUGGGCGAGAAUCUUUGGGCGGAGUGGAUCCAGGAUGAAAGUAUGCUGACCAACUCUGCGGCAGAUCGCGAUGCGGUUGUAAGCUUGUGCAGGCGGUCAGUCAUCGAAGAAUUUGGUAGUACCAAUCUCUGGCAUAUCUAUGGCGAAUGGGUCUUGUACCUUUACAAAUCUGCUGUUGGGGAAACCGGCGGAGCUGGCCAGUGGACGGACGAAGACCGUCGAAGAUUUACUUGGCAGUCGGUUCUGGAUGUGUGGAAGGACGCUGCUGAGUCGACCCGGUGGAGAAUCAACAACAGCCAUAUGGUAUGGGAUCGGUACCUUGAUCUUCUGGCCCAGGAUAUUUCCCGGUCUCCUUCCCAGGAGAAAAUCAACCACCUUCGUGGAUUGUAUGAUGCUCGCCUGCAGACACCCCAUGCAAACUGGGACCAGACUUUCCAGAGCUUCUCAGGAUUCGUCUCCACUUACUACGAAUCAAAUUACGAAAAGAUCAUGACGGAGACUGUCGCCCAAGGAAAGAAAGUCAAGGCCAUCUACUCCGCGCGAGAAGAAUUCGAACAUCGGCUGAGCAAAGCUGAGGAGUCGGGUGAUAAGGCCCUCGAAUAUGCCGUGUACACGGAUUAUAUCGAAUUCGAGUUAACCCGUAGUCGGAGUCCCCGCCGUCGAGAAUUUCACUUCGAACUCGCCAACGCCAUUUACCAGCGUGCUGUCCUUCGUUUCCCUACCGACGUCGCUCUAUGGGAGGGCCACGUCAUGUUCCUUCUUGAGGAAUCCAUGCAGAAACAUGUAUCCACCACAACCAUUUCUACUCUUGACCGUGCCACGCGUCACUGCCCAUGGUCUGGCAACCUCUGGUCGCAGUACCUGCUCAGCUCAGAAAGAGAGGGUCUGUCAUUCGCUAUCAUUUCCGAUAUCAAGCACAGAGCUACCGCAACAGGGUUACUUGAUGCUGGUGGGAUGGAAGAAGUGCUCAAGGUUCAUACCACAUGGUGUGCCUACCUCCGUCGACGCGCAUUUCUCUCGGACUCGACCGAUGAAGACCUGGAUGUCGCAGAAGUUGGAAUUCGCUCUGCAAUUGAAAGCGUGCAAGAGCUGGGUGAGAAAAAAUAUGGGCGAUCUUACCAGGGAGAUCCCCUAUUCCGCCUGGAGCGAAUUUAUAUCCGAUACCUCAGUGAAAGUGGUAGCUGGGACAGUGCUCGGGAGACUUUCAAGGGUCUGGUCGCUCGUCGUGGCAACAGCUAUGAGUUUUGGCUGACUUAUUACGCUUGGGAGCUCAUCUCCUGGAGCAAGUUUGUUCAAGGCGAGGCGACAGUAGAUGCUGCAAGACGGACUCCUACGCCCAGCUAUGCCACUGCAGUUUUGAAGCAAGCCAUCGCGCGAACCGACCUCGACUGGCCCGAAAAGAUUGUGCAGACCUACCUUGCUCACUGUGAAGACUAUGAAGAUUCGGAUGAGCUGCAGCUCGCUGUCAUCGAAACCCGGAAGGUCAUGAGAGCUGUCAAUUCUCGAAGAGAGAGAGAGGCCCAUGAGGCUGCAACGGCACAGCAGCAGCAAUUGAACGUUGCUGUUGAAGCUGCUUCAUCGUCGGAAAAGAGAAAGCGGGAGGACGAGACUGAUGCGAAUGGUGAGCCUAAUAGUAAGAAGACUCGCAGUGAGGAGUCUGCUUCAGAGAUCAAAGAAGAGCCAUCAGAACCUCGUCGUGAUCGGGAACACUCGACUGUAGUGGUAAAGAAUUUGCCCAAGGAGACAUCUGAACAUCAAGUGCGACAGUUCUUCCGACAUAUUGGUACGAUCAAUGGCGUCAAGAUGCUUCCUGGAGAGGAUGGAAAUUCCUUGGUUGCGAAGAUUGAAUUUGACACCAAAGAGGAAGCUCUCAGUGCCUUGACUCGUGAUCAGAAGUCUUUCGGUGGGAACACCAUUGAAGUUCAGCCUGAUACCGGGUCAACUCUGUUUGUCGCCAAUUUCCCCGCAACCGCGGAUGAUAAUUAUUUCCAUGAGCUUUUUGGCAAGUAUGGCCGUAUUGUUGAAGUGCGCUGGCCCUCACUUAAAUUCCAGACCACUCGGCGAUUUUGCUAUGUUCAGUUCGCUUCUCCCAGUGCCGCUCAAGACGCUACCGAAAUGGAUGGAACUCCUAUCGAGAAAGGGUACCUGAUUGCAAAAAUAUCGGACCCAGCACAGAAGCAAAAGCGUGGUGGAGCACUUGAGGAAGGUCGUGAGAUUUACUGCGCAAACUUGUCUUUCAAGUUAAAGGAGGAGGAUAUUCGGAAAGCUUUUUCGAAAUUCGGCACAAUUGAGAAUAUCACCCUCCCGUACAGUGUCGACUGUGGUUACAAAGGCUAUUGCUUUGUGGUCUUCUCUACCAAGGAGGAAGCGGCUGCAGCGCUUGCCAUGGAUGGUGAAAGCCUCAAAUCCCGUCCAAUCCGGGUCCAAAUCAGCUCCCAUACUGGUGCUAAGCGCAUAGCCAGCACCGUGAUUUCUCGCGUUGCUCCCUCGGCUUCACCAACCCCAGAGAUCAAUGGUGCCAGUCUCGUGGAGACGAUUGGGGAUCGUUGGGAUCGCACACUUGCGUUGAUGAAUGUCCCCGACACUGUUAAUGAUGCGCGGAUCCGUGCCCUGGUUGAACCCCUGGGUCGAUUAAUCAAGAUCGUGCUCCGACCGGACCACCAAGGUGCUAUUGUUGAAUUUGUGGAUGUUCAUGAUGCUGGAAAAGCCACUUUGGCGCUUGAGGGCAGAGAAAUUAUCCCAGGCCGGCCACUCCAUAUUGGAACCGUGGAAGAGAUGAAAAAGCUACAGGCUGAACACAAGACUACGCGGAUUACCUCGACCAAGCCUGAGAAACCCAAGAGCACAAUUCAAACUGCAGGCCCCAUUCGGCGCCCUCAGCAACCCGGCUCCCGCGGUGGCCGCCGGGCCGGCCUGGGGAUGAAACGAACUACUGCACCCACCUCCAGCACGGAGUCCAACAAGGACGACAAGAUGGACACCUCAGCCGACGGCAAGAUUGAAGGCGAGGUCCCGCUCAAAAAGAGCAAUGAUGAUUUCCGAGCGAUGCUGCAGCAAAAGCGCACGGAGUGA